CAUCCGUGCGAGUGCCAAAAGGGGGUGGAGUUCAUUUGCAUUCAUUCAGACUUCUUGACACUUCAACACAAGAAUCUAACUUGUUGGCUCUUGUUUUUGCCAAUAUUUAGAAAAUUAGAGUGAAUUCAGACUGCGAAAGAAGCCCCUUCGAACGUCCGAACCCCCUCCCGUUUUCAAGGCUCGAGGCAGGAUCCGAUUGCGUGUGGCACGAUGAGCGAUUGAUCUCAGAGAUGUCGAGGAACCGCAAGGACGUGGACUGGGACCGCUUCGGUCUGGAGAGCCGCAACCCGCGCAGCCCGACGUCGACCGACGGCCGCGGCUCGUCGGUGCGCAGCUCGGACGACGGCGACUGGUACGGCGCCUACUCGGGACACAGACCGUCCGACGAACUCUUCGCCCAGGAAGAGAGCAACCAGCCAUGGUGGAAGUCGCAGUUCUUCAUUUCGCAGCCGGUGCUGUUCGGCACGUGGGACGGCGUCUUCACCUCGUGUCUGAUCAACAUCUUCGGCGUCAUCGUGUUCCUGCGCUCAGGCUGGAUGGUGGCCGAGGCGGGCAUUGUCCAGGCCAUCCUUAUUGUCAUCGUCACCGUGGCCAUCGUGCUCGUGUCCGUCCUCUCGGCCGUCGGCAUCUGCGAGCGGUGCCGCGUCGAGAGCGGCGGAGUUUAUUUCCUCCUGGCCCACGUCCUCGGCUCUAGACUCGGCGGCGCCAUCGGAAUCCUCUACUGCUUCGGACAGGCGGUGGGUUGCGCGCUGUACGUGACCGGUUUCGGCGAGUCUAUGGCUCGGCUGGCCGGAUUCGACUCGCCGUGGGCCGAGCGCGGGUUCGCCGGCGCCGCCGUGCUGGCGCUCGGGGUCAUCAACGUGGCCGGGGUCAAGUGGGUGGUCAAGCUGCAGUUCCUGCUGCUGCUCAUCCUGCUGAUGGCCGGCCUCGACUUCGCCGUCGGCUCGUUUGUGCACACCGAGCCCUCGGUCGGCUUCGACGGCUGGCUCACCGGAAACCUCGCCAACAACACCUUCUCCGCCUACACCGAGGGCUCGAGCUGGUUCACCGUGUUUGGCGUUUUCUUCCCCACCGUGACGGGGGUGAUGGCGGGCAUCAACAUGAGCGGCGACCUGCGCCACCCCUCCACCGACAUCCCCAACGGAACCCUCUCGGCCAUCGGAACCAGCACUUUCCUCUACCUGAUGUUUGUGUUCGUUUUGGGCGCCACUUGUCGCCGAGACGUCCUCCUCACCGACUUCAUGAUCGCCGCCAAAGUCUCCGCAAUCAGUGUGAUGCUGUUGGCGGGUCUGUAUGUGUCGUCAAUGUCGAGCUGCCUGGCCGCCAUGUACGGCACGCCCAGGGUUCUGCAGUCGAUCGCCAACGAAAACGUCAUUCCCGGGAUCGCCAUUCUGGGCAGAGGGCGCGGCCCGAACAAAGUGCCGCUGUACUCGAUGGCCGUGGUGGCGGUGACGACGCUGAGCUUCAUCCUGGUGGGCCAGAUCAACACCCUGGCGCCGAUCGUGACCAUGCCCUUCCUCCUGACCUACGCCGCCAUCGACUACUCCUACUUCGCCCUUGCACAAACCCACGAGAUCCAGCUUAGGCGCGAGGAUAGAUUUAGGGCCCAGGAGUUCCUGACGAGCAGCCGCUCCGGCUACGGCGCCACCGAGGCCGACGAGAAUUCGCCCGACAAAUUCGACGACAGCGGAGAUUUGGACCAGCUUUUCCCCGAAAGACUUCGACAUAAAAAGAUUGCGAGACAAAUGAGUGAGAUGAGCAACGUCAGCAUGUCGGUCUCCACUCCCGAGGAUCCGCCGACCCCGAGCCAGAGCAAACCUGCGGCGCCGGUUCCGAUCAGGUCGAAACUUAACAACUGGUACUCGGGAUUCUGCAACCGCUGGAUCUCUCUCAUUGGGGCCCUGAUCAAGCUGACGGUGAUGCUGCUGGUGCACUGGGGCUACGCAUUGGCCUCGGUGGGCGUGGUCUUUGUGGUGUGGACCUACGUGGGCCACGCAAACCCCGCCGUCAACCCCGGCAUCGCGGCCGAAUUCCGGCUGCUGCCGUGGCUGCGCAACUGCCUCAUGCGAGCCCUCGGGCGGCCAGGGCAGGAGUAUGAGCAGAUCGUGGUGCCUCCGAAGCACCCUGGCAUGGAGGUGGAGGCGGCGCAGCAGAACGACGAAAACGAAGACUUCGCCAGCCGGUCGAGGUACCACCACACCUCCACCGUGCAGGGCCGCCUCGUCACCAUCGACGACGACGAAGACUAAUCCAAAUGCAGCAUUUUUUUUUCAUCUAGCGUUCAUUCAAAACGUCUGCAUUCCAUCCCUCCGCACACCUUUAUUUUUGUAAUUUCGGCAGGACUUUAAAUUUUAUUUUCAACGAGGGCAUGAAAUGUCAAAAUUUUACUUACAACGGAACUUUUGAGUGAUUUGUUAUUUUUCUAGCAACUUUUAAUGGCUGUUUCCUGGUAUUUAUCUAAUUUAUUUAAGUAUGAUUGGCAGCUGAUUGAUUAUGCGAUUCCGUGUUGGCCACAUACACAGUCGAUAUUGCCUAAUUUAAUAAACUACGACUUAUGAAAAAAUAAAUAAAUAUAUAUAUAUUUGUGUAAAUGUAUUGCAAAAACGUAGGUGGUCGAAUAA